GUUCCAUCCGAACAGUACAGGAGCUUGGCUGAGAGUGCCCUUUUGGAGCCCCAAGUGAGAAGAUACAUCAUCUACAACUCGAGGCCCAUGCAGCUGGCCUUUGCUGUGGUUUUCUACAUGGUGGUAUGGGCCAAUAUCUACUCCACCAGCCAGAUGUUUGCCCUGGGCAACCACUGGGCAGGCAUGCUGCUUGUGACCCUGGCUGCCGUGAGCCUCACCCUCACUCUCGUGCUCGUCUUUGAGAGACACCAGAAGAAGGCCAACGCCAACACGGACCUACGGCUGGCGGCUGCCAAUGGAGCCCUCCUGAGACACCGGGUGCUGCUGGGGGUGACGGACACGGUGGAGGGGUGCCAGAGCGUGAUUCAGCUCUGGUUUGUCUACUUCGACCUGGAGAACUGUGUGCAGUUUUUGUCGGAUUAUGUUCAAGAAAUGAAGACUAGCCAAGAGUCCUUGCUGAGAAGCAGACUGAGCCAGUUAUGUGUUGUCAUGGAGACUGGGGUGAAUCCCACAACGGCGGAGGAGCCUGAGGAUUUGGAGGGUGCCCCUCUCCUGCUCAGCAGCCCUCGUCCUGAGGAGAGACCAGUCAUGCAGACUGAGCUUCGCCAGCUCAUUCCUGAGUCUGAGCCUGAGGAAAUGGCCCGGCAGCUGCUGGCAGUGUUUGGUGGCUACUACAUCCGGCUCCUGGUGACCUCCCAGCUCCCCCAGGUAGUGGGGACAAGACACAUGGACGCUCCGAGGGUUCCAUGCCCCUGCCAGCUCAUAGAAGCCCACAUCCUGGGCACAGGGUGCUGCCCAUUCCUGGCCAGGUGACCUAGGGGUGCAGGUACUCAUCUUGCUCCAAGACUGAGAAGUGGGAGAGGCCUCAUGAUGAGAGAAGCAUGGGUGCACUCUAAAAGGUCAGUCAUCUCAGCAGCAGAGGUGUCUUGCUCACUCCAGGGCUCUGCACAAAAAUGCCUUGUUGAGACUCCAUACUAAACCCUGGCCUUUGCAGAAGCUUAUGGGUGUUGAGCUGGUCACGCUCCAGGCUACUCUCUGUGCCACUCCGAACUGUGGACGUGGAUGGAAGGGCUGGUCUCCCAUCCCUUUCACUGCCCAAGAGCCCAGGAAAUGUGAAGAUAACCAGACCGGGCACAUUGUGUGUCUGAAGCUUGAUCUCAGAUGAUGCUCCCAUUCCCAACCCCUUCCAGUCAGAUGGGGAAACUGAGGCUCAGAGAAGCAGUUGCUCUUUAUGGCAUUGCCUCAUUCCAAGCUGAAAAAAAAGAAGUAAAUUCCCAGAAUUUCCUCCAUUUUUAUGUUUUUCUCUCCCUAUAUUUUAUGAAAAACAGUGGCCCUGUGCUUGUCGUCUGCUAGCACACAGGCCGCAAAAGACAGAGAUGGAAGAUGGAAGACAGAAGAAAGAGAGAAAGGGCAGGUAACUAUUAAUGGGAAUGUUUAGAGAAGACUGGUUCUGAUUGGCUUGAGGACUUCUUUGGUUCAAAGGCAUGCACGCUUGGCCGUGUGGUUUUAUACUGCAGACAUGGAGCCAGCAGUCGUGUUUUCUGACACUAACAUUGUCCCUGCAUGAAGUGUGAUCAGUUACUCGUGCAAUUCUGUGAAAGGCUCAGAGGCUUCUAGGUGUUCUAUUCCCGAACAAGUCUGAAGACCUGUCGUUCCAUAGACCCAAGUCCAAAAGCCCUGGCCUGGCUUCCCAGCCCCCGAGACCGGGACUUCGUUUGCGGUAGUGGCUGUAUCUCUCCCCAAACCCUUCAUAAGCUGAAACUCUUUCCUGGACUGACAUACCUAUUCCUUUCUAUCCGAAGGACUUCUAUUCAUGCUUCAAAGCCCAGCUUUUCUUACCUGUCCUUCAGAAAGCCUUCCAGCAUCACCAGCCCUGCUGCUCUCUGCCUUCUUUAAAUUCUUGACACAGCUUCUGCCUGCACUGAUAUUUUAUGUUAUUGAUUUUAUUUUUCUGUGCACAUGCCUGUUUUACUAGCUAGACUGUAAACUCCUCAAGGACAAAUACUGCACCUUACGUGCAUGACCUGGACCUGCUAAGGAAGAAAAAAUCCUGUGGAUUGAUUGCUUUGCCAUCUGCAUAGCAGUUUCUGCAAAUUGUUCUCCAAAGUCAGUAGAAUGAUGAGAUUGGUAUGGACUUAGGUUCUGGAUCUGAUCUGCCGCUUCUAACUGUGUAACUUUUGGCAAGUCUUUCUUUGGAUGGUCCUCAGUUUGACCAUCUGUAUAAUGGGUGUGUUGGAUGAUUUUUAAGGGCCCUUUGAGGACCAAAGUUCUGAGAAUUUCCAGCUUAUUUUGCUCCCUCCUAGCCCUUGGCAUGUCUGUCUGUUAUGCCUUUAUCUACACAAGGUCCUACAGCCCCACAUGGCUGAAAUAUCCUGGGCCUGAUAGUGCCCUUAGACAGAACACUGGCUUAGCUAGCAGCAGACCUGGAUUCAUGUCCCAGAUUUGCUGCUUCCUUGCUGUGUGAACUUAACUAAGUCACUUAACUUCCCUGAGUGUCAGUUCACUCCUUUAUAAAGUGGAUCUGGUGAACAUGAAAUGUAAUAAGCCAAGUGACUUGCCGUGUAAGAGAUGGGUCUGACUAUUUGCAUUUUCUGUGCCAGAGAACAGAAAUCAGUUGUAAACCAACUCCUGGAAGUGGCUGUUUUAGGCAUUUAUCUUUAGCUAAGCCUGAGGGCAGCUUUACUCAAUGAAAUUAUUCACAAAGGUGAUCACUGU